AUGGAAGACAAAAGAGAGCUCUUGAAAGAGCCACUUCACGGUAUCUAUAUUCCCGUAGCACUUAUUAUAUUUGGUACAUGUAUUUUCGACUGGAGAUACUUACCUUACACUGUUUCAUUUAUAGUUGUAGUUUGUUCAUUCAAAUUUUAUAGUGCAUAUAGUAGACGUUCAACCUUACAUGCUAUCAAGUGGAAUGACUUGGAAUUGAUGGAUAAGACGGUCGUUUCCAAGAACUCAGCCAUUUACAGAUUCAAGUUGAACCGUCAAGACGAAGUUUUGGAUAUUCCUACUGGCCAUCACGUUGCUGUUUGCUUUGAUAUCAAUGGAAAGGACGAAAUCAGAUACUACUCUCCAAUUUCGAAUAUUUUUGACCGUGGAUUUUUCGAUAUUUUGGUCAAAUCCUACCCAGAUGGAAAGGUUUCCAAAAAGUUUGCUACUUUGAGAGAGGGCCAAACUGUUAAGUUCAGAGGACCAGUUGGAAGAUUAGAAUAUGUUCCAAAUAUGGCUAAGGAAAUUGGUUUGAUUGCCGGAGGUUCCGGAAUCACUCCAAUCUUACAAGUGAUUACUAGAGUUAUAACUACUCCUGAGGAUCUUACCAAGAUUUCAUUGAUUUUUGCAAAUGAAACUGAAAAUGAUAUUUUAUUGAAAGAAGAAAUUGACGACUUGGCUAAAAAAUAUCCAAAUUUCUCAGUUCACUACACCUUGACACACGCACCAGCUGCAUGGGAAGGGCUGACAGGUUAUGUUUCAAAGGAAAUGAUCACUAAGUAUUUACCUGCCCCACUGCCUGAAAAUAGAUUAAUGAUUUGCGGCCCACCAGAAAUGAAGAAGAGUCUCAUUCAAUUGACACACGAGUUAGGUUGGGAGAAGACUGAGAUGAGAUCUCCACCUACUGACCAGGUUUUCUGUUUUUAA